CCGUGAGAGCACGUUGCCCGUGUGUCAGUCAUCCACGUUGAUAACGUUUUUAUAUACUUGGAUAUAUAUAUAUAUUGUAUAUCUAUAUACACUACUUAACUCGCUUCGGUUCAGCUGCGCGCGCGCCCCGCGCUCUCCCGGCCACCGCGGACCGUUCUUAUUAUUUUAUUUUUCCGUUCGCCGACGACACCCUUAUCACACGGAACUGUCGACCUUGUGUGUAUGUGAUAACGCGAUCUUAAUUAUUUUUUUUUUUCAUAAUCGAUUUCGCAACCCCAUCUUCAACACCGUAGACAUUUUACAUAUAUUAUGAUCAAAUAUAAUAAUAUUAUAAUACCGAGUUUUCGGCGUACGCUAUCGUCGUAAGGUUCGACCUACACACGCUAUUAUUUUCUAACCGUUACCGUGUGUGUGUGUGUGUUUUUUUUGUGUAUUGUGUCGGGCGAGCGCUUCGUGUACGGUCUCGAGGGGUCGGUUUUAUUAUUUAAGACAACCGGGUCGUAACGACCACGAGGAUAUUAUUAUUAUUACUGUAUACUGUUAUUAUUGUUCAUUUGGCAACGGUAGCCGAACGGCGACGAUCGACGACACGCAAACCACCGGCGGACGCCCAGCGCAAACGCCACCAUCGCAAUCCGCCUCGCUUGUUCGAUUUUGGCCUAGGCCGAAAUCUUUGAACGUAAAGUGUGAGCAAAGCGGAUAAAAACGUCAGGUCACGGACCGCCUUUGGCGUGGGCAGGCCCAGGCAUUCUCACGGAUAAUGUUUCUGGAACGGCGCGUUGGGCACAGCCGCGUUCAAUGGACGGAGGACCCGGCGGCGGCAACGGCAACGGCAAUACUGACGGCGGCGGCGGUCGCGUUAACGGUGGCGGCGGCGGUGGCGGUGGUCCCAGAAGAACAUUCCAAUCGUCUUAUCAACAACAACAACAACAACAAAUGCACAAACAACAACAACAACAACAGCAGCAACAGCAUGAUCAGGCAGCAGCGGCCGUAGUGGCGGCCGCCACUCAACAGUACCUGUCGGCCGUCGCGGUCAACGCGUCCGCGCUGCAGCAGCAACAUCAACUGCAACAGCUGCAGCAACAACAACACCAGUUGCACCAGCAACUGCAACAGCAGCAUCAUAAACAUCAGCAACAGCAACAACAACAGCCUUCCGCGUACAACACUGAGGUGGACAGGUCCGAUUCGGGACUGAGCUCGUCCCGAAGCGACGAAAGGUCCGGGUCCCACUCGAGCGCGUUCAGCGGAUCCGACGACCACGGUGCGGCCACGUCGCCGCUCGGUGGCGAACAACAGCCGUUCAACAGCGGCCGACUCUGGAGGGAUCCCAACUUGUUACAGCACCCCGUGGACGGACCCUCGAGGCACGCCGAUAGCGUUCAUCAUCAGGCGCAACUGUUCAUGUCGAACGCGGCACAAAUUCCUCAGGCGCUACCCUUUCAGCCUUUCCAUCCGCCGCCCACAAUGCAGCCCGUGCCCGGCAUGGUGUGGAGACCGCCCGUGCCGAUUUCGUUCCCCAACGGCGGCCAUCAAAAACCCAUCAGCUACUAUCAACGUCUCAGCGAGCAUCAGCAAAAGCAACAACAACUCAUGCAGAACGCCAGCAGAAGCAACAACGCGGCCGCUGACAACAAAGACUCCUCGGCCAAGUACAAGGAAGCGCAGAAAGCAAAGUUCAACGACAACGGCGGCGGCGGCGGCAAAGGUCCAGGCCCUUCGGGUCAGCUCGUGGCCGCAGAGUCUCGCGAUUACAGGCGCAUGGAACUCGAGAGGAUGAUGAACCACGGUCAGAUGAACGUGCACCAGGCACAGCAGCAGAUCAAAGAAAACUCGGAGAAGCAAAAGGCCGAGGCUGCCGUCCACCAGCAUUUCGAAGAGAGCUUGAAGCUGGCCCACCAACAAAAACGUUCCAACUGGAUUUCUAGCUUGCCCACCCCACCGAGGAACGUUUACCCUCCUCAAGGAUCGAAAAGCCGACCGGAAGCCAACAAGGGAAUACCUCUGUUGGCUCCAAUCGGUCGAGGAUCCGAAAACUGGAAGGACAAGUCCAACACGGACCCCAACAGAUACACGGCGUCGGUUCCUCCCAGGUUGACUCCCAUACCGACACCAUCGUCUCACUCCAGAUCUUCACCGCAAACAUGCACAGUUAACCAGCAGUCGCCGAAAACGGGUUACGAAACCGUCAAAAACAAUAUGUUACUGAACGUGAACGACGGCGUCAACCACAAUAUGAUCUCAUACGCUCAUUACAUGCAGCCGCCCGCCGGUACCGUGUACCCCGCCUCGCCCUCCCCUUCGUCGGUGAUAGUCAGGAACGACGCGUCGUACAAGAACGGCAAUGGCGGCAGGCCCGAGGCCGGUUACUACGGCGAGUCGCCCACCGGUAAUCGCAAGUCGCCGGCCGCGGAAUCGGCCAAACAGGCCCGGGCCCCGCCGCCGCCGGCGCCCGCUGUCCAUUAUCCGCCGCCACCGGGGCAGAUGAUCAACCGCAACGCCGCCGCCAAUCUUACAAUGCGGCCGCAGAACGCGGCGUCCGGCACGCAAAACAACGGCCGUCCGCUGAUGGGCAGCCCGUCCGUGUCCAUCUACCCUUAUCCCGGACAAAUUUACGGCCGCCAACAUCUGCCGCCGCUGGCCGUCCGCCACCAGCCCACGUACUAUCCGCCUUACCGGCAGACGCCUAUCAUGGGGACGCCGCCGGUCCCGUCUGCAUACCCGCCCGACGUAGCGUCGCCACCGUCGACCCAAGACCGCAAGGACACGCCGCCGCCGGCACACGCCAACGGCUACACUAAGUACCCGACCGACUGUGCCGUACCGGUGCCGCUGACGACGGCCGACCAAUGCGAACCCCUGGACCUAGCCAUCACUGGCAACAGCCACCUUUCUCGUUCGGCGUCCACCGGACCGACGGCCGAGUUCGAAUCCGGGGGCGACACGGACGCCGACGAACAGCCCAGGUUCCCGGUGGACGCGUACGCCAACGUGGACGUCACUAGAAACGUCACGUACACCAACGCCAACGUGCCCCCGAACGUGUACUCGGAUUCCACCGUGACCGUAUAUUCGUACGCCGCAGACGUGCACGUACCCGUUAGUGCGUACUACAACGUGCCGGCAGAUGCGUACGCUGAAAACCGUGUAACUGUUUCUCCUGUAAACGGGCACGACGGAGACGGCGGCAGCAAGUCGGAUUCGCCGGCUAACGACGAGCCGAAGCCUGCCGCUGAAAAAGAAGCGCCGCAAGAACAACAGCAGGAAAUGGACGAAGAAGACGAUGAACCUUCGCCGCCGGCUCUGGUGAAAGAGGAGGAUUCGCCGCGGGCCGCCGGCAACGACGAACCGGUCGGGGACGAGACGCCGCCCGUGCUUAUGCCUGCGCCGUACACAGAUAUCCCGUCCGGCAGUGGUGGUCCCAGACCGCAUCAUCACAAACUGAAGAAAGCGUGGCUGCAGCGGCACACGUGGGCCCAAGACCUGAAGGGAACGUCGUCGCCGUCGUCGUCUUCGUCGACCGCUGCCCGGAUAGACGAGCUUCCGGCGGACGAAGGGCCGCCGGUUUUGCCGUGCGAAAACUUGCAGCCGUCCACGUCGGCCAAGGGUUUGUCGGAGAUGUCGUCGUGCGAAUCGGACGCGGACGGCAGGGCGUCGAAAAAGAGGAAAGCGUCGAGCGCCACCACGGUUUCGGACAGCGAGAACUACGACGAAACGGCGGACGGCGGUGGCUCGUCGCAAGCGACACCCGACAAACGGACGUCGUCGGCUGUCAAAGUGCCCAAAAAACGGGGCAGAAAGCCCAAAGUGUCGGUCCCCCCGAAAAAAACGAAGCUCGGCAAUGGUUACAAAAUCGGGCAGUAUUUUUUUCAGGCAGGGCCGUGCCUCACGGCCGGCCCUAAGAUAAAUAAAUGCCGUGAAUGCCGAUUGUUCUCCAUCAAAUUGAAAAACAGACCGCCCACACAAGAAGAAGUAGAUAACAUAUUUUGCCGAUUCUACGCGUUUCGCUUGCUGUACUCCAACAAGUACGGACAACUGUGCAGCGCCGGUUUUCCCGACCCGUUCAAAGACGUCACUCGGGAUGACGUCAACUUGUGGAUGCCAAACACGACCCUAAAUAUGGCCACGCUGGACACGCUCAUGGCCAGGAAAGUGCUGGAGGAAGCCGGCCAACAGUUUUGUUACCUGGUCAAAGAAGAGAACGAGGCUUUGACAUUGUCGCCGUUCGCACAAAGGAAUCCCGUUGCCUGGAAAAAAGCUGCAACCGGGGUAAGGGAAAUGUGCGACGUCUGCCUUACCACCAUAUUCAAUUACCACUGGGCUUGUAACAAAUGCGGUUUUGGAGUUUGCAUCGGCUGCGUUCGGUCUCGUGUCAACGGCACGGCAAGGCCAGUCGAUACGGCUUCGAUGAGCAAAAAGGACCUUCGGGAAAGGGACGCUUACAUGUGGAUAACGUGCUGGAACCGACAAAACCACGACAUUGAAAAGCUCAUGUUGACCCAAAUCGUGGCCGGAGACUCUUUGAACUUGGUGUGUGCAAGCAUGCACGAAGUUUGCAUGGCGUUCGACAUCAAAUUGGAAUGCGGUUGUCCGACCCACGAAGUACCCGCCGACGCCGCUCUAAAGAACGGCGUUACUGCCGAUGACGGGUCGGUUGACAAAAUGGAUUUCGCCGAGAAUUCCGAUGCCGGAUGUAGUAAACAACAACCGGUGGAUAGUCCUGCAGAAAAGCCAGUCGCCGGGAGCUCGACCAGUGCAGCAGCAGGUCGGUCUUUCGAAGCACUGAUGCAGCAACCGGAGUCACCGAAAAAAGAGCCUCUCAAGCAUUUCGUCCGGAGACCUAACAAGUAUCUAAACGCCAGGCACGAGAAUAAGUGGCCGGUGCGCACGAUGACGCUAGCAGACAGCCAAAAACUCUAUCCGAACGUUCCUCACACGUGGCUGUGCGAAGGCAAAAUGCUCAGACUACUCGACCCCGAGUGUUCUGACAACUACGGUAUAUUCCAGGAACAAUGGAAAAGGGGACAACCGGUGAUGGUGAGCGACUUGGGAAGAAGACUGGACCCGACACUGUGGAGUCCCGAAUCGUUUUCGCGGGACUUUGGCAGUACCAAAAACGAUCUCAUCGAUUGCUCCACUGGCGACGUAGUAACCAAAAAAGGGAUGAAAACUUUCUGGGACGGUUUCGAGGACUGUAGCAGACGGUUGGCGGACAGCUCCGGCAAAAAGAUGUUGCUGAAACUCAAAGAUUGGCCGGGCACGGCGGACUUUUCUGAAACGUUACCCACACGGUUCAACAACUUGAUGGAAGCACUGCCGCUGCAGGACUACUGUCACCGCGAUGGUAUACUAAAUUUGGCGUCAAGGUUACCGGUGAGUUUCGUGCGACCCGAUCUCGGUCCGAAAAUGUACUCUGCUUACGGCGAUGCCGGUAAACGUGUGAACGGCAAACGGUUGAUGAGCGGCACCAAUCUUCAUUUGGACGUGUCCGAUGCCGUCAACGUUAUGACGUUUGUGGGCAUCACUCGCGACAGCAACAACAAAGGCGACAAAAUCCAAGAAGAGCACGAUUGGCACGUCAAAGAAGGGUACCGUGCGAUCGACGAAGCCGAUUGCGACAUGGCCAGCAGGCGACGGGCCCGCGAACCGAGAGAAAUGCCCGGGGCGGUGUGGCACAUUUACCACGCUGACGACGCGGACGCCAUACGUGACCUUUUGAACAAAGUGAGCGCCGAAAAAGGCAAACCGCCCGAACCCAACCACGAUCCUAUACACGACCAAUCGUCGUAUCUGGACGCCGAUCUCAGGGCAAGGUUGUACAACGAGUACGGUGUCGAGGGUUACGCCGUGGUGCAGUGUCUUGGCGAUGCCAUAUUUGUCCCGGCCGGGGCACCUCAUCAGGUGAGAAACUUGCAUAAUUGCAUCAAAGUGGCCGAAGAUUUCGUGUCGCCCGAACACGUGGUCGAGUGUGUCCGUUUGACAGACGAGUUUCGCGAACUGUCCAAGAGUCACACCAACCACGAGGACAAACUCCAGAUCAAGAACAUCAUGUAUCACUCCAUCAAAGACGCGGUGGCGGUUCUGCUGCGCCAGCAAAAGACGGAAAAUUAACGAUAUUAGGUUUUAAUGUUAUUAUUAUUACAUUUAUUAUUAUUAAUACUAUAUAAAAAAAUAUUUUUAAAAAACUUUGUCACGCUUAACUUGACUUGUACUUAUAUUUGACCAGACAAACAAAUACCAGACGUCCAUCCCCUUCUCUUGUAGCUAAAAAAAAAAAAAAAAAUCAAUCCAACAAAAUAGAAUAAUAGACUUUUUUUUUUUUUUGUUAUUAUUUUAUUUAAAUAAUUAUGUAUUGUUUACGAUUACUCUACGACGGUGCUUAUUUGAGCAUAAGGACUAUAAAGUUAAUUUUAUUUUUUAAUAAGACGGAUGUAUUUUUUUUCUCUUUGUUUAAGAUUAAUUUUUUUCAUUGUGAUAUCGUGUAACCUGGUUUACACAUCUAGACUUUUAAGUUUAUUUUAUUUUUUUUUUAACCGCCGUGUUUAAAAAAAACCAAUGUAAAUUAUUUAACAAUUAUUAUUUCAUUGUUGUUACUUUUUAUAUAGUAUCCAUUGAACAUUCUAUAAAUAUUUAUUAAUAUUAUAUAGAUUCAUGUAAAUAAAUAUUAUAGCAUAUAAUAAUAACAAUGAUACAGUACAAUUUACAACGAAUGUCGAUUUUAUUAUAUUAUACAUACGUAUUAUAUUUUUUUUACGUUAUGAUUUUAUUUUAUUUUACACUAAAAUGCGCGGCCAUUUUUUUCUUCGUUUACAUAGAACGACAGUUACCAAUCAGUUUUAUGAUUCCCCCUCUCCCCUCCCCCCCCCUUUACUGGUAUUGUUGUGACAAAUUUGUAAAAUUUAAAAAAGUAGAUAUAUAUUAUAUACAAAUAUAUAGGUUUAGUUUAUUAACUAUUAGGAUAAGUAUAGUAUAGUUUCCGGGCAAUAUACUUGGAAUUCCACAUGGCCGUUUAAUCUUUAAACGGUUCAAAACAGUACCCGUUUUAUUAUUAAUUAUUGUUAAAUUGAACAUCAUUUUUUCCUCAUACAUUUUGUCAUUAAAUUCAAUCUCGUGUUCAGUAGCAAAAAAUGAUAAACAAAUGAGUAUUUUCCUUAAAUUAAUGAUAUUAUUAUUAUUACUAUUAACACGAUGUUUAAAAUAAUAUAAUAAUUGUGUAUAAUAAUUAAUUAUCUCUACAAAAACGAUAAUGCUGUACCUACGACGUAAAUGGUUUGGUUAUUACCACAACAUUUUGUUGCUCGAUACAUUUUUUCCCUUAGAUUCUAUUAUUGGUUGUGUUCAUUGUUUACAAGUUGUUAAAAACUCAUAAUAUGUGAUGCGGAAAGCCAAAAGAAGGGUUCGGUUGUCGGCAAAAUUUCAAAAAAUUAUGUAUGUCAAUGUUAUUUUCUAAAUUUUCUUGAUUGAGUUUUCAACAAUUCGUGAGACCGGGUACACAUUUUUGGCUAAAAAAAACUUAACUAAGGUUAUUACACGUAGAAGUUUGCCAUAAAAACUUCUUGUCGACAAGAGUUGUCGCUUUUUGCUUGCCGCAUCAUAUAAUAUUAAGAACGUUGGUUGUUCGUGAUAUUAUAAUAAUAGUAAAAAAAAACAAUUGGCAAAGUGUGAACAAAACCGUUAAGAUUUUGAGAUUGAUAUACUUACAGGGUAUAAUGUCGUUAUUUAUUUACCACCGUGAGAACUUAGGUUACGACAGAUAAGGAACCCGCGAGAACCGUUGUAAGGGAAACAUAAUAUUAUGGAAGCUUGCUUUUGUUUUUUUUUUUUUAUCUUCGAUUCGAUUUAACUAAUUCAUAAUAAUUGUAGUUCGAUUUGUGUCCAUAUAUAUAUAUGGACUACGGUCACUAAUUUGUAUCUCUUGUUUGUUUUUUUUUUUUUUAACGUCCACCGCUGAUUGCCCUGUGAUUACAAUUUUAAAAAUACAUUAUUAUAUUAUAUUACUAUAAUAAUUAUUAACGAUAAUUUUUACUUGUAAGUAUUUUUAAUUAUAAAUGUAUAACGACCAUAUUUACCAUCCACUCGUCGAAUAAUAUUGUAUAACAUAGGUAGUAGGUUUAUAAUAAUAAUAUAUAUACAUAUAUACCUAUAUAUAUCUAGUUUUUUCUGUAAUUUUUAUUAUUUCUUAUCGAGAUUAAGAUUGAUGUGAUGUGGAUUUGAGAAUAUAAUAACAUAAUAUACUAUUGUUAUUAUGUUUACCAAUGUUCUCGGAUCAGUAUUUAGGUGUACAUGUUUUGGAGUGAUAAUAAUAUUAAUUAGUCUUUGUUUUAUUAAACAUUUUUUGCCCACACUCGCUCUGUGUGUCGACGACCAUUUAUAUUUUGUAAAGUGUACUUUAAAAUAAUUUCCGGGAUCUUAUGAAUUUUAUCAAAAACUAUAGUAGUGCUGGUUAUUUAUGUAUUAUUAAGAAGUACUUACCUGUAUUGAAAAAAAUACUACAGUAAAUUGUUGACGCGAGUCAAACUAUCGAUACGGCUUGUUGUCACCAUUGCGUUUUCGUACAACACAAUAUUAUGCAUCCCAUAAUAACGAUAUAAUCGUAUAUAUAUAUAUAUAUUUAAAUUAAAGAUAAUCCUAUUGUAUACACUUAUAACAAUAUAUAUUGUAUAAUAUUUAAACGAAAAAAUGUACACUAUUGUACGUUUUUGGUGUGCUUUCUGGACAAUACUUUCCAGCUUUCAAUGUCGUUUGGUAAAUAA